CGUUAACAUUGUAAGUCGAGACGUUUAUGUCUGUUAUACAUUAAAACUACACGUUGUGAGCGAGCAAGACAGUAACCUCCUUUAAACUGCGUUGUUACAGUUUUUUUUUUAAUUAAAUUGUAUGAUGUUAAGCGGUUGUUAAGACAAGUCAAAGUAGAUUUAACCAGCUGUCACUAUGAGUGUACUAGAAAACAUAACAUCUAAAAGAACUACAACUCCCAUCAUGAUCUUGAUCAGAGCUGAUCAAGAUGUUUCGGAAGUAAUCUUAAAACGUUAUCAAAGUUAUAUUGACGCGAUUACAUCAGAAAACAAAGCAGCAGGUGUUCAGUUUCAGCCGCAGGUUUAUGUUAAACGUCUGUUUCUAUAUAAAGUUACUAGUAAGCUAACUUAUUGAGCUAACGCUAGCAUCGUUGUGUUAGCUGUGGUGUCAUGGGAGACUCAGCUGGCUGGAGCUGGUCUGACAGCUCCGAGGAGGAAUUUAAGGAGCUAACUAUUUAGCUGUACAGCUUACAGGUUGAACUUUACACACAUUAAACAAACUGAUCCAACCAGAAGAGACGUUUCAUCAACAUCAGUCGCACCUACCUGGAUGAAGUAACGUUAUCAUUCCUCUCUGCUAGCUAGCAACGAGUCACUGUUACCAAUGUUGGAGGUCGAAGUAAACAUGAAGUUGGUGGUCCAGUGACCGACGCUGGCUGCAGCUAUGUGGCAGCCAGAGGAGGAGGGGUGUCGGUGGUGGUGGUGCUGCGGUACAACAGCAUGAUUGUUCCCUUCUUCUUCUUCUCCUUCAGUCGAGGAGUGGAGUUGUUGAGAGCCAGGACAGUACAGCACAUAUUUCACAGUAGCAGAGUUGCUGCGGUCCAGUCGUGGGAAGAAGAAGGACAUAGGAGGAGUUUGGAAAAUCUCUUUCUCGUCAUCCAUCUUCACACUCGGGUGAAGACAGUAGUAGAGGUUUGGAUGCAGGUUGUGUGUUGGCUGAUGUGCCUUGGCACGGUGGGGGCACUCGCUGUGCUGCAGAAGGACCAAGUGGCCCAGCACGCCAUCAAGCUUUAUCGGAGCAAGGGGGCCACACACGCCCAGAACUGGGUGACCAGCAACUGCAAGCGUCUGGUGGGUCUCCUGCAUCAGAAGAAUGUGGUUGUCAGGAAGCUGGCGGCUGCUGCUGAUGGUGUUAGACGAGACCGGGCUCUUUCAGAACCAGAGAGGCUCUUCCAGGUUCACACUCUGGAGGUUUUCCAGAAGGAGCUGAACGAGAGCGAGCACCUGGUGUUCCAGGCGGUGCACGGCCUGCAGAGGGCGCUGCAGGGAGACUACAGGGAUGUGGUCAACAUGAAGGAGAGCAGCAGACAAAGGCUGGAGGCCCUCAGGGAGGCAGCCAUAAAGGAGGAACAGGAGUACAUGGAACUGGUGGCAGCUGAGAAGCACCAGCAGGAAGCUCUUAAGAGCCUUUUAGCCCAGAAUAAGACUCUGUCCAUGCUGGACGAGAUCCUGGAGGACGUCAGGAAGGCAGCAGACCGGCUGGAAGAGGAGAUCGAGGAGCACGCCUUUGACAACAACAAACUGAUGAAAGGAGUAAAUGUAGAGGCAGUGUUGAGGGUGGAGGAUGACGAGGAGAACGGAGGGAAGAGGAAGAACAAGUCCAAGCAGAAGGAAGUGGAGGAUGACUUGGGACUGAGUAUGCUCAUCGACUCGCAGAACAACCAGUAUGUCCUCACCAAACCACGAGACUCCACGAUGCCCAGAGCAGACCAUCACUUCAUCAAGGACUUGGUGUCGGUGGUGAUGUUGUCGCUGCCAUGUGGUUGGAUUUGUUCUCUGGUCGGUCUUCCUCCCAUGUUUGGAUAUAUCAUCUGUGGGGUCCUGCUGGGUCCCUCUGGCCUCAACAGCAUCAAGUCGAUGGUCCAGGUGGAGACUCUGGGGGAGUUGGGUGUGUUCUUCACUCUCUUUGUGGUGGGAUUGGAGUUCUCACCUGAGCGAGUUCGAAAGGUAUGGAAGAUAUCAGUCCAGGGCUCGUGCUAUCUGAGUCUGCUGAUGGUUGGGGCCGGUUUGUUGUGGGGACAAGUCUUGCAUAUUCGACCCACCCAGACUGUCUUCAUUUCGACAUGCCUGUCCCUGUCCAGCACGCCGCUAGUGUCUCGUUUCCUGGCGGGGGGGAGCAGAGGAGACAAAGAAGGUGAUCUGGACUACAGCAGCGUUCUCCUCGGGAUGUUAGUGAUGCAAGACGUUCAGCUCGGCCUCUUCAUCGCCGUCAUGCCGACUCUGAUCCAGGCACAGAGAGGAGACUUGGACAGCUUCCUGUUUGGAAGUCUCCGUGUGUUUUACCUCCUGGGCCAGGUCCUGGUCUCUCUGGCUGCUGUGCUGCUGCUGUGUUUGUUACUCAAAUCAUACCUGAUUGGCCCGUAUUACAAGAAACUGCAUGCUGAGAGCAAAGGCAACAAGGAGAUCCUGGUGCUGGGGAUGACAGCUUUUGUCUUUUUCAUGCUGACGGUGACAGAGUUUUUCGAUGUGUCUAUGGAGCUGGGCUGUUUCCUGGCGGGAGCUCUGCUGUCCACGCAGGGUCACAUGGUUACCACGGAGAUCAUGGGAUGCAUCGAGCCGAUAAGAGAUUUCCUCGCAAUCAUCUUCUUUGCCUCUAUCGGUCUCCACGUGUUCCCGACAUUCGUGCUGUAUGAACUCACCAUUCUGAUGGUGCUAACACUCUCACUCGUCAUUAUGAAGUUUGUGAUGGCCGUAGCGGUGCUGUCGGCCAUCUUGCCUCCAGGCUCUCGACACUUACGGUGGAUCGUCUCAGCCGGUCUGGCUCAGGUCAGCGAAUUCUCCUUCGUCCUGAGCAGCCGUGCGCGUCGUGCUGGCAUCAUCUCCCGAGAGGUGUACCUGCUGGUCCUCAGCGUCACCACCCUCAGUUUGCUGCUGGCUCCGGUGUUGUGGAGGGUCGCCACUCACAAAUGGGUUGCCCGGGCCGAACGAAAAACAGUCACAUGACCAGAGACCGCCUUCAGGGCCAAAAGGUUCCCGUGUAACUCCUAAAAAAACGACAGCGAGAAGCAGGAGUUAAGUCUUAAUUGGCCAUUCAGAAAGGUUGGACCAAAUCUUCCUCUCCUUCUUCUAGAUUUAACCGCUGUUUCUCCACGUAAAGAGCUUAAAACCUGGACCAUCUAAGAUACAGAUACCCCCCACGGUUUAAGGUCUUUCUUUGAUAACAAAUGCCAACAUAAAUUCUGAUAAAAGCUCAACAGCAUCUGUGAAGAUGCAUCAUGAUUCUUUAAAGAAUCAUUGAUAGGAAGCACACCGGCUCGACAGUUCAGUGGAGAAGCACAAAUACUUGAUAUCCUUCCAGCUCUGAUGCGUUUCAUGUACUUUCUCCUGCAUUAUGAAGAAUUACUGAUACUUUCCCUCUCUACUGUCUUUAAGAAUGAUUUUGUUUCCCAUUGAAAGUAAAUGGAAUUCCUCUUUUUUCCUCUUUUGUUUCUGCAUUUUCAACCCCAAGUUUUUUAUUAUUACCUCCGCCAACGCCGAAGCCUAGGAAGGAGGUUAUGUUUUCACCGGCAUUGGUUUGUUUGUCUGUUUGUCUG